AAUUGGCAGAUAAAUUUGAAAUCGGUCGAAAAACCGUAGCUGAUAUUCUUGCACAAUCAUUAUAUUGGCUUGGUCUAGAUGAAGAAAAAAACCAUUUAACAAUUACAGGGUUAGUUUUACAAGAAAAGGCCAAACAGGUCGCAGCGACUUUAAAAAUUCAAAAUUUUGCUGCGUCUGAUGAAGCUGCUAGUGCCCCUAUUGAAAAAUUACCUGAAUUUUGUCUAUCUUUACAAAAUGAAACAUCAAAUUAUGAUUUAUAUCAAUAUCGUAAGUUAUUACUACAAAAACGAAUUGUCACAUUUGAUGAAUCGAACCUUACUAAUCAACCUCCAGAUCCUGUUACGAUUUAUGAUACAAUUCAAUUUGUUUCACAAGCAUGGAAUAAAGUUUCUGAAGAUGUAAUUAUUCAUUCUUGGCAAAAAACAGAUAUUCUUUCUUCUACAGAAAUUAAUGAAUUUAUGGAUUUAGAAUCUCUUGUUGAUUUAACUAAUAAAGAAGAAAUGGAGUUAGAAAAUCUCAUUACAUGA